AGGAGGCCCGUGGUCGCGGAAUAAGGAUGGCGAUGUCUGACCCUUUUGAUCAAAACCGCCCUCGCAGGCUUUUUCAAAGUGCCACGUGCUCUUUCCCAUCUAUCAUCUGCGUUCUCACCACACACUGUUCAGCAUCUCGACGAUGAGUUCGGAUGGGACAGUCGUUGGGGCAAUGCCUACUCCGCCAGGCGUUGUAGCAAAUUUUGACAACCCGGAGUCAAUUGCACAUCGUGCUGUUGUCGUAUCAGUGCUCGGUGCGGCGAUUGCAAUACCCAUCUGCCUUAUUCGAAUGUACACGAAGCGUUGCAUACUUAAAAACUUAGGUUGGGACGACUACAACAUAGCGGUUGCUACAAUGCUCGCUCUGGGCUUCUCUAUCUACGUGUGCUACCAAACGACGAACUGCCUAGGACUACACAAAUGGGAUUGUCCAGCACCCAAGUUCGAUGCACUGAUGAAGAUUGCCGUUACUGUAGGUCCGGUUCUGUUCAACCUUACCACAAUGUUUACGAAAGUCUCACUCGGGCUCUUCUAUCUGCAAGUAUCACCUUUCCAGACCGGUUUACGGGUAGUUGUCUACACAGUCAUGUGUGUCUCUAUUAUUCACGGUGUCCUCAAUGCCCUCGGCUUUACGUGGCUCUGUCAGCCUGCUGAGAAGUACUGGACCUUCUCCAUUACGACUGGUAAAUGUGUCAAUCUCAAUCAGUACAUACUGGCCACAGCGUGCAUCAAUGCUGCUACUGACCUAAUAUUACUUGUUCUACCUAUAUUUAUACUGUAUGAGCUACAACUACCUCUGCGCCGCAAAAUUGGUGCGGCAUUACUACUCAUGACUGGCUCCUUCAUUUGCAUUCUUAGUUUGAUACGAGUGGGGCAGGUGGCUCACAGUACGAGGGUGGUUUCCGCCGACGGGACAUGGGUUAUGGUUACCUACAUGAUUUGGCUACUCAUUGAAUUGUGGCUUGGUAUAAUUUGCGCGUGCAUGCCGUUGGUAUAUGCGUUUUGCCGAACACAAGUUCUGAACAGUCGAGAACCAAACCAGUACGGUGCAUCUAUAGUUCUGCGAGAUCUUAGCGGUGAACACAACAUUGCUCGUAUGCCAGAUGAUUCAGGCUACUACACGAGGAGAUCGUCUACAGCUCUUGGUAAUGACCAACUUGAUGCGGAAAGAGUUUAUGCGAGAGCCAGUGAAGAGCACACUGUUCAAUUGGCUGCAUCGAACAAAAGUCUCCUCGUCACCGUAGAUCGAUCCGACUUGUAAUAUACCCAGGUGAUCAAAUACGCAAAGAGACGCCUUCGCACGCCUGCGAAUAAGCGUGUGUGCGACUGAUCGGAUGACAGCGAUGGAUUG